AUGGCGUGUGUGAAGUCUUCAUCACGACGAUCCUCUUCCUCCUUCAACUGUGUGACCCACUGCAGCCAACCCUUCCUCCCGGACACACACACCCCUACGACUCGCAGUGCCCACAGUGAUAGUGGUGUGUUUGAUGGGGUGGGGUCGAUGCAUGGUCGUCCUGCUAGUAUGGGCGGAGUCAGAACUGUGGAUCACACCCACUUCCUGUCUGCUGAUGUCAGUCAGUUCGAGGCGCCAGAUGUUGUGGUUACGGCCAACAACCGCCACAUCACCAUCCACGCAGAGAAGGUAGCUGAGGAUGGGGGUGUAAGGGACUCAUUUACCCAGAAGUCUUUGCUGCCAGCUGACGUGGACCUACUGGGCAUCAGCUGCACUUUGACCCCUGACGGCAUGCUGGUCAUCAGUGUCCCGCGCCUCACCUCCCACUCUGACCUCUGACCUUUCACCCUGAACCAGGAAGUCCAGCACCAGCACCACUGCUGAGACACACUACUACUGU